AUGGCACUCCGCAGCAUCAAGAGCCUCGUCCCACUUUUGGAUCGUGUCCUUGUUCAAAGAAUAAAAGCCGAAACGAAGACCGCCUCUGGCAUCUUCCUCCCAGAGAGCGCCGUUAAAGAGCUUAACGAGGCCAAGGUCCUGGCUGUUGGGCCUGGUGCUCUUGACAAGAAGGGUAACCGAAUUUCCAUGUGUGUAUCUGUUGGCGACCGGGUUUUGAUUCCUCAGUAUGGAGGCAGCCCUGUUAAAGUCGGCGAAGAAGAGUAUUCUCUCUUCAGAGAUUCUGAGAUUCUCGCGAAAAUCAACGAGUCAUAA